AUUUCCUGUCGAAACCGACGAGCACGUUACCCGGAAGUGGGAUUUGUGCUCUUUCUGAGAAGAUCACCUGGGAGUUCCUGAGUUAAUAAGUGGAUAAUAUUCUUCUCUUUUACAACUGGCUUAUGAAAAGGUAUCCUGAGUCAUUAUGGAAAACACUCACCAGAAAAUGUAUUUAGUAACUGGAGGAUGUGGCUAUUUUGGUUUUCGUCUCGCUCAGUCUUUGCAUAAAAAGGGGGCCAAAGUCCAUUUGUUUGAUUCCGUCUGCCCGAGCCGAGAGUUGCCUGAAGGCUUCUCGUUCAUGCAGGGCGACGUGCGUGAAUAUGCGCAGGUGGAGAAGGCCGUAUCUGGAAUGGACUGCGUGUUCCACCUCGCCUCUUAUGGCAUGUCCGGUCGAGAGCAACUGAACAAGCAGCUGAUCGAGGCGGUCAAUGUUCAAGGCACACAAAACAUCCUGAGGGCUUGCGUUGAACAUGGAGUGUCCAGGCUGGUUUACACCAGCACCUUCAACGUGGUGUUUGGAGGGCAAGUGAUAGAGAACGGGGAUGAGAGCCUCCCCUAUUUACCUCUACAUCUGCACCCCGACCACUACUCCAGAACCAAGUCUCUGGCUGAGAUGGCGGUACUGAAGGCCAACGGGACAGUGCUGAAAGAGGGGUCCGGGCUGCUUAGGACCUGCGCUCUGCGGCCGGCAGGGAUCUACGGGCCUGGAGAGCAGAGACACUUGCCCAGAAUUGUUGGCUACAUAGAAAGGGGGGUCUUCAGGUUUGUUUAUGGAAGUCCUCACAGCCUGGUGGAGUUCGUCCAUGUGGACAACCUGGUUUCAGCACACGUGUUAGCUGCGGAGGCUUUGACCCCGGAGAAGCAGCACCGCUCCGCAGGCCAGGCCUACUUCAUCUCAGAUGGGCGGCCCGUCAACAACUUUGAAUUUUUCCGACCUCUAGUAGAGGGUUUGGGCUAUCCGUUCCCUACGCUGCGCCUCCCCAUCUCUUUGGUAUACCUGUUUGCCUUCCUCACAGAAAUGAUUCACCACCUCAUCGGACCCUUCUACAACUUCCAGCCCCUGCUGACGCGCACAGAGGUUUACAAAACGGGCGUGACACACUACUUCAGCAUGGCAAAGGCCAAAGAGGAGCUCAGCUACGAGCCGCAGGAGUACACCUUGGACGGGGUGGUGGAGUGGUUCCGAAGCAGAGGCCAUGGGAGGAAAAGUUCCAGGACCUUCAUCAGCAGAUUACGUGACAUCGUCUUAUUUUCUGCCAUUGUUGUCGUGGCUCUCUCCUUUCUGCCAGUUGUUUGGUAGAUGGUAGAAGUGGUGGAUCAUACAUUCACUAUCAACACAAACCCAUUAAAGUCCCACUUAAGUCAUUUUUAGAUUUAUUUUAAAAGUGUUGCCAGAAGUCUUUUAAUUAUGAUGAUGCCAUUUUUAGCCAAAAAAAAAAAAAA